CCCUCCACGGAAGCACAUCGUGGAUACCUACACAGAGUUUUACCACACACCCACCCACAGUGAUGCCAGCAAGAAACGACUGAUCGAGGACACCGAGGAUUGGCACCCCCGGACAGGCACCACCCAGUCCCGUUCCUUCCGCAUCCUCGCCCAGAUCACCGGCACCGAUCAUAUGAAAGAACCAGAAAAUGAAGCUGCAAAGAAGACUAAGGAAAAGGUUCCCAUCCACGCCUUUAGCCCCAAAUAUACAAAAUUACGUGACUGGCACCAUGAAGUCUCAGCACGUGUUCUUAAUGUCCAGUGA